AUCUAACAAGCAAUGGUGGCGACGACACUGCAGCGUCAGGAUGGCCGUGCCGGCAACGAGCUGCGGCCGUUUGCGUCCGAACAGGGAGCAUUAUUUCGCGCUGAUGGCUCUGCUCGUAUGUCGCACGGUAGCAGUACCGUGCUAGCGGCGGUAUAUGGCCCCGGUCAGGCGCGCAAUUGGCGCGCUGAGAAGACGGACAAGGCUACAUUGGACGUGUGCUUCAAGCUCGAGAAGGGCAUCAUGACCUCUAAGGAGAAGGAAUACGAGCAGAUUAUCCGAGAGACCUUCACACCAGUUGUGCUCACCGACAACUUUCCGCGCGCCGUUAUCAGCAUCGUGGUGCAAGUGAUCGAAGACAAUGGCUCUCUUCUUGCAGUUGCAAUCAAUGCGGUGAGUUUGGCGCUGAUGGACGCUGGCGUUCCCAUGAUUUCGGUCGUCACGGCGACCUCGUGCAGCAUUUUCGAUGACGGCAACUUGUACCUGGACCCGACAUCCGCUGAAGAAGAGGAAGCUGUUUCAUGGGUCACCACCGCGCGAUCUAGCACGAGUGACGGAGUCUUGACCUGCAUCAGCAACGGUUUGCUGUCAGAAGAGCAAUAUUUCGCAUGUUCAGAGGCAUGCCAGAGGGCAUCGGAGAGUGUGGCGGCUUUCUUCCGCAUCGUUCAGCAGAAGAAACACCCACUCGAGUCGGCUGGUCAGUAAAUUAAUACUGGAAUAGAGUGCUUCACCUUGCUCGAAAAAUGCAGCCACUUAGCUGAUAUGUCGAUGCAGAUGCCGUGCAAUUAGCCAUACCGAACCGUAUCGUCGACAAACCAGUCAAACUUCUCGUUGCCAAAGCCAGCGAUAACGCUUUUGAUCUGCGAGUACGAACGAUACGCCUCCAGUCCAUUCUCUCUCCUGCAGUACAACAGUCACCGGUAAAAAGCUUUAGCGUAUUAAUCCUGCUAAACCAUAAUUUUGAACAGCUCACCCCAUGCCGCUAUCCUUGACACCUCCCCAAGGACUCGACGGAUCGUUUCGAUGAUGAUCGUUCAGCCAAACUAUCCCGGCUUCCAAACUGUUGGCCACACGAUGAGCUCGCUUGAUGUUGUUGGUCCAUACAGCCGCACCAAGCCCAAAUGGAGAAUCAUUUGCCAGCCGAACAGCGUCGGCUUCAUCCUGUAGACACAGCAGCAAGCAUCAGUCUCGAGAAGUACAAUGGUAUUUGGAGGAAGCUCACCGUGAAGGAAUACGCAGCUACCACUGGACCGAACACUUCUUGCUGCACAAUUUCCAUGUCAGGUGUAACAUCCGUGAUCACAGUCGGCUCGUAAAAGUAUCCCUACAACAAGUCU